AUGCCAUUUGAUUUUGUCCAGCAAGUCAGGCAUCGCACUCGAAGUGUUCAACUGGACCAGAAAUCCCUCUCCGCGGCCAAAAUCGACCUUGGAAGUCCCGCAAUACAGCAGCCAGAAGCCAAGCGAUUCUCAAGCCUAUCAGUUCCCUCCAAGUGUCCUAGCUCCAACCCAGCCACGCCAUCGCCAAACGCCGCUCAACCCUACCGGAGUAUGCUAGACGUGGACGAGCCGCCGAAGCUGCCUUGGAAUUCAAUGGCGCUUGACGACUUGUACACCGGCUCAAUGGACUCGACCAAAUUCGACUCCGAUGGAGCAAGCUCUGACCGGACCGAAGUAGCCACUCCACCCUUGAUCCCACACAAAGCCAGCGACCAGAUCUCUACCAACGGCAGCGCCUCCCCGCCUACGAUGGCGCCCGCUUCCCCCGCUAACGGCAAGCUUGAUAUUCCGGCAGAUUUCGCUAAAGGAGACAACCCUUCUAACCCUGCAUCUGUAGAUGUCUCCAUUUCUGCUCCUGCACAGGAUACCAGGAACAUUGUCAGACGCAAGCUGACCGGCUACGUUGGGUUUGCCAACCUUCCUAACCAGUGGCACCGUAAGAGUGUCCGCAAGGGGUUCAAUUUCAACGUCAUGGUUGUUGGUGAAUCUGGCCUCGGCAAGUCUACUCUCGUGAACACUCUCUUCAACACCUCUCUCUACCCUCCCAAGGAGCGCAAGGGACCCAGCCUCGACAUUAUUCCCAAGACCGUUACCAUCCAGUCCAUCAGUGCCGAUAUUGAGGAAGCCGGUGUCCGCCUUCGCUUGACUGUUGUUGAUACUCCCGGUUUCGGUGACUUUGUCAACAAUGACGAGUCUUGGCGCCCCAUUACCGACAACAUUGACCAGCGUUACGAUGCCUAUCUCGAUGCCGAGAAUAAAGUCAACCGCAUGAACAUUGUUGACAACAGAAUCCACGCUUGCGUCUUCUUCAUCCAGCCUACCGGCCACUCUCUGAAGCCCCUUGACAUUGAGGUUAUGCGUCGCCUUCACACCAAGGUCAACCUGAUCCCCGUUAUUGCCAAGUCUGAUACCCUCACCGAUGAGGAGAUCGCCAGCUUCAAGGCCAGAAUCCUGUCCGACAUCAAGCACCACGGUAUCCAGAUCUUCGAGGGCCCCCGCUACGAACUCGAUGACGAGGAGACCAUUGCUGAGAACAACGAAAUCAUGUCCAAGGUCCCCUUCGCCGUCGUUGGUGCCACCAACGAGAUCAAGACGCCUGAUGGACGUGCCGUCCGUGGUCGUCAUUACCCCUGGGGUACCAUUGAGGUCGACAACGAAGAGCACUGUGAUUUUGUCAAGCUGCGCCAGAUGCUCAUCCGCACCCACAUGGAGGAGCUCAAGGAGCACACCAACAACACCCUCUACGAAAACUACCGCACCGACAAGCUUAUCGCUAUGGGCGUUUCUCAGGACCCCAGUGUCUUUAAAGAGGUCAACCCUGCCGUCAAACAGGAGGAAGAGCGCGCUCUGCACGAGCAGAAGCUCGCCAAGAUGGAGGCUGAAAUGAAGAUGGUCUUCCAGCAAAAGGUGCAAGAAAAGGAGAGCAAGCUCAAGCAAUCAGAGGAGGAGCUUUAUGCUCGUCAUCGCGAAAUGAAGGAGCAGCUCGACCGCCAACGUGCGGAACUGGAGGACAAGAAGCAGCGCGUCGAGAGCGGCCGCCCUCUUGAGAAGGAGGGCAAGCGCAAGGGCUUCUCUCUGCGAUAA